UUACUCCAUCCUUAAACAUACAUACGAUCAUGCAUUUAACCGUUGAAGUAGCUUCUUGAAAAACCAUUCUCAUGGUGGUUUCUAUUUCCUCAAUUGUGCACCUUACUUAUUAAAUAUCUCACCUAUUUCCCAGACUCUAGUACUCCUGAAUCUUUCGAGUUCUGUUAAUUACCCCUAUUCAAGUUCAGUUUGAUCCUUAAUCUUAACCCAAUCCCACUGACACACAGCAUUCUUGUUGGCCAACCUAUAAUCUUCAUCGGAAAAACCACCAUGAAUCCGGCUAAAGAGUUAUUGAAUACAUCAUUGCUUCUCUCCCUACUUGUUUUCCGAUUUUGCAUUUCCCUUGACACCAUUUCCCCAAACCAGCCCGUUAAAGACGGUGACAUCCUGGUUUCGAAAGGAAAAACCUUCGCACUUGGGUUUUUCAGCCCAGGAAACUCUGGCCGACGCUACAUCGGAAUAUGGUAUAACAAAGUUCCUCAACAAACCGUUGUGUGGGUGGCAAACAGAGACAUCCCUCUCAAUGAUACCUCCGGAGUCCUCUCCAUCAACGGCCAUGGAAACCUCGUCCUUAACAGCCAAAACCGAAGCACCGCAAUCUGGUCUACAAACGCUUCAAUCUCAACCACAAACAAUUCUAUGGCUCAACUCUUAGAUUCUGGGAAUCUUGUUUUGGUUCUACGAGACAGCCAAAGGGUUACAUGGCAGAGCUUCGACUAUCCCAGCAAUACUAUGCUUCCGUUGAUGAAACUUGGGCUGGACCGGCGGACCGGGCUCAGCCGAUACCUAACAUCUUGGAAGUCCGAAGAUGACCCGGGAACCGGAAACUGCUCAUACGAGAUUGACCCAAUUGGGUACCCACAAUUGUUCCUAAACAAGGGCGCAACUCCAUCGUGGCGGGCCGGACCAUGGACCGGCCAAAGAUGGAGCGGUGUACCCGAAAUGACUCAUAAUUUUAUUUUCAACGUCAGUUACGUGAAUAAUCAAGAUGAGGUCACGAUUGUGUAUAGUGUAAAUGACCCUACAGUUCUUACUAGAAUGGUGUUGAAUGAAUCAGGAAUCGUUGUUCGCUCCACGUGGCACGAGGUUAGAUGGGUCGAGUUUUGGUCUGCUCCGAAAGAGACGUGCGAUAAGUACGAAGAGUGCGGUCCAAAUAGUUACUGCGACCCAUACAAUCCAGAAAAGUUUGAGUGCACAUGCUUACCAGGGUUUGAACCCAAUUCGACCCGUGAUUGGUACUUGAGAGACGGGUUGGGCGGGUGUGUGAGGAGGCGGGGAGUAUCCGCGUGCGGCAGUGGAGAAGGGUUUGUGAAGUUGGCACGUGUGAAGGUGCCGGAUACUUCAAUAGCACGUGCGGACAUGAAUCUGAGUUUGGAGGAGUGUAGGCAGGAGUGCUUGAGGAAUUGUUCUUGUACGGCUUACACCAGUGCAGACGAGACAAGGGGAGGGAUUGGGUGCUUGGCAUGGCACGGGGACUUGGUGGACACUAGAGUCUACUCCAAUGCAGGACAAGAAUUAUACAUACGUGUGGAUGCCGUUGUGCUAGCUCAAUAUUCAAAGAAAAAAGGCCUUCUUAGGAGCAAGAAGAUAUUGGCAGUUCUUACAGUUUCUGUUGCUGUAAUGUUGCUUCUUUUGGUCUCCAUUGGAUAUUGGCUGGUAAUGAAGAACAAGAGAGGAAGAGGGAGCAGGGAAAGCAAAAAUAUGUUUAGUCUUACCUCAAGUUCAACAUACCUUCAAGAAUCUCCAAGUAGUAUAAGGGAGCUCAAUGAGAGUACAAGAAGUUCAGAUUUACCAUUCUUUGAUCUAAGUAUCAUAGUUGCAGCCACAGAUAAUUUCUCUGAUGCUAACAAGCUUGGAGAAGGAGGUUUUGGCUCAGUUUAUAAGGGUCUCUUAGAUAAUCAGAAGGAAAUUGCAGUAAAAAGACUUUCAAAGUAUUCCGGACAAGGAGUUGAAGAAUUCAAAAAUGAAGUUACAAUAAUUGCUAAACUCCAACAUAGGAACCUUGUGAGGAUUCUAGGUUAUUGUGUUCAUCGAGAAGAGAAGAUGUUAAUCUACGAGUACUUGCCAAACAAAAGCUUGGACUUUUUCAUUUUUCAUGAAACAAAAAGGUCAUUGAUAGACUGGGGACGACGCUUCGAAAUUAUUUGUGGGGUUGCUCGAGGGCUCUUAUAUCUUCAUCAAGACUCAAGAUUAAGAAUUAUUCAUAGAGACUUAAAGGCUAGCAAUGUUCUACUUGACAAUGCAUUAAAUCCAAAAAUUGCAGAUUUUGGUAUGGCUAGAAUCGUUGGAAGGGACCAAAUUGAAGCAAAUACAAAUCGCGUCGUUGGAACAUAUGGUUAUAUGUCACCGGAGUAUGCAAUGCAGGGGCAAUUUUCAGUGAAGUCUGAUGUAUAUAGCUUUGGAGUUUUGUUGCUGGAGAUCAUUACUGGCAAAAAGAAUAGUGCUUAUUAUAAUGAUGGUCCCUCCUCAAAUUUGAUUGGGCAUGUUUGGGACCUAUGGAGAGAAGAUAAAGCCAUGGAAAUGGUUGAUUCAUCACUGGGUGAGCAAUAUGCUAAGGAAAUUUUGAGAUGUAUUCAAAUUGGGCUUUUGUGUGUGCAAGAACAUGCAAAAGAUAGGCCGACCAUGUCAGCGGUUGUUUUCAUGUUGGGUAAUGACACAACUCUUGCUUAUCCAAAACAACCUGCAUUUAUCCUGAAGAGCACUUACAAUAGUAGAGAUAGAUCAAUUAGUGAAGGAGCUAAUUCUGUAAAUGAAGUAACAAUUACUAUGAUUAAUGCUCGCUAACCAUAUAUAGGCUGUUAGGUUCAGUGCACCAAUAUGUUAUUACAGCAUAUGAUUAACUUUAUAUUGAUAUUUUUCUUGUAUGAAUAUAG